AUGACCCUACCAUCUACGACCUAUCCCAUCCAGGAGCCUGAAGCCCUGUCAUCGCUGCUGAUCUCCGAAGCACAGGUGUCUACCUCUGGUGCCUGCGGGUUCCUGGCUCCACUUGGCCGCCUUUACGAAGCCACGAUCAUGGAAGGGCCAAAGGAAAAUCAUCAGGCCCAGCGUGUGACCAACAUGGCACAGGACAAGAUGCCCGAAACCCUGCUCAUGGUCGAGGAACGUUCCCUUGAGCAUAUGGGAGCAGAGGACGAGCGAGAAGGUAGACUCCCUCUGCAGCGGCUUGCAAUCCCAGAUCAAUUCGCGCAAGUGGUAGCUGGCAUCUACCGCUCUAGUUAUCCAGACGUCAUGCACUUGAGCGUCUUCAAAGUCAUUGGUAUUAAGACCAUUGUCCUUCACAUUCCCGUGGUGCCCAACAAGGAAGGGUCUACCAAAACCUCUGAUCAGACUGUCAAUGUGGUGAUGAACGUUUUGAUGGAGAAAAAGAAUCACCCAGUCAUCGUUCAUUGUAACCAGGGUAAGCACCGUACGGGUACCAUGAUCGCUUGUUUCCGAAAAGUUCAAGCGUGGGACCACCAGUCUAUCGUCAACGAAUACCGCAGCUUGGCCGGGAAAAAGGCUCGAGCCCUAGACGAAGAAUUCAUUCAAACCUACACUCCCCCACGAGACAUCCUCGCAACCGCUAAGCGUUUGGGCGUUGCUUCGUGGGUCGCCGUCCCAUACCCUGUGACAAGCAAUACCGCCGACGAGCACCCCGCUCUGUCUCGCGAAUGA